UAUGUAAUUCAAGUUUCGAGCUGCAGCGCGCGUCCUCAGGCUACAUCAUAACUAGUAACUUCUUCAUGGCUGGACGUGCUGCUAUCUUGGCUUUGCUCCCUGUGGUCGGUGUGCUGGGGUACUCGGACACAGUUCCAAUUGUAGCAUGGUCAUCUAAAAUCUCGUCCGUGUUGAACGGUUUAUCUCCAGAUCUACGUUAUGAAGAUUCUGUGAGCAUAAUUGAUGGUGUUCUCUCGCCAGAAGGUGCCUGCUCCUUCGAUACUGUUCUGGUGAUAAACCAGCCAGGCCUCCGCAGUUCUGACCUUCGUGCAUUACCUACUUCUUCCGGACUCUCUGCCAUUCUAAACACUGCGCCAUCAUCAAGACAGUAUCCUCACGUGAAGCGUAGUGCCUCGGCUUCCCUCCAGGACAUCACGGAGUCUCUGGCAAGGCGCUGCGGCUCGACUUUGACCAAUGCUAGUCCAGCAGAUGGCCCUUUAGACCUCGCUGAGAACUCCAAGCACGUCGUAUGCGUCAAUAUGCCAGCAAUAGAGGGUAGCCCAAAACUCCGCAAGGUGGCUAUGUUGGGUCAUGAUCAAUACCUCUCUAGCGAAAUCGAGAAGAUCGAUGCAGCGUUCACGAGCCACUUGGUUUUGUACGUUGGGUCACCACUUGAACACCCGGGCUACCGCCGUCAGUUAUUUCCCCCUUCCAAAUUUGACUCAACAUACGCUCCUGACAACUCGACUCUUUCUGAUGGUGGUAUUUUCAAGAGAUACCAACUGUUCACAACACCCCUUCUUGUCGCUUUACUCGUCGUUUUCUUCAUCAUUGUACCCAUUAUCAUGAUGGCUGUUUCAGCUCUUGCCAGCCUCCAGUCGUCUGUGCGCUUGGAAGCACCAAAGGGGUACCAUGCUCAGGAAAAGAAGACCCAGUAGAUUCCACAGAAUUUGUAC